AAAGGGCUACCCCCUUGGAGGCCGAUUUUAGUACAAAGUUCACUGGCGACACGCUUAUUUACUGCUAUCAGUACUUACUUAGAGGCUCGAGUACCAAACCACUCUAUGCAACAUGGGUUUCAGAGAGAUAAUAAUGUCCAGGACGCAGCUCUGACGACCACACUAUUGCUCGAUCGUGGAAAGCAGGUGCAGGAACCACUCUAUCUACUCAGCAAGGAUUGCGAAAAGUACUACGACCGUAUUCCGCGCUGGGUGAUGGCUUAUAUCUACAAAAGUAUCGGGGUACCGCAAAAGUUAUACGAUAUUCUGAUGGGUUUCCUGGGGCCAGGCGAGAUCGACAUUCGGACAGCCUUCGGAUGGAUUCCGAGUGGAAGACGCGAAUUUGGAUUAGGUCAAAGGUCUGUACUCUCGAUCCGACACAUUGGUUACUACAUGGAUGUGCUAAUGGAGAGACAAGAAGCAGGUCCCGAUGGUGUUGAGAUCCGCCAUCAUCAAGGGUCCACACCGCUUAAUGAACUCUUCCAACGGGUCAAACUCAGCUUGAGCUCGGCGGUCGGCUUCAAACUAGGUCUGUCCACUGGCUUCAAAGUCGAUGUCGACUGCGAGUCGUUUCCGCUGAGCUUCUGA